GACUUCCGGUGCACUCCUGCGCUUGUACACUUCUUCCUGUGUGUGUGUGUUCGCGCAUGGGCGCCGCCGCCGCACUGCCCUCGCUUCCUGUGCGUGCCGGGGUCAUCGCUACGUCUAGUUCCCAGGCCUCUGGUGGACUAGAAUCGCGGAGCCUGCGGGGCUAGACGUCUACUGCCCCGGCCAGCACCUAGGCGGGCGCGGAGCUGUGCGGGCCAGGAUUCGCGCGGGCCGGGCAGGGGCUCGAUCGGGGAACCCGGAGCACGAGCCCCGACGUCCGCAGCGGUGGGGCCCAAGGGGCCGGGCGGGAAGUGGCGGAGUUGGUGGCGGAGGCGAAGGGGCCAGGGUCCGCAGGACGGUGAGCCUCAGGGAGGCGGAUCUAGGUCCCGGAAAGGACACCAGCCUGGAUUUGCCCCGUAGGCCCGGGAGCAGAACGGCCUUGGUGAGGUGGACUGGAGGGAACCUCGCGAGCAGACCUGCACCCGCGACAGCAGCCCCGCCCCGGCCUCUCGGGAGCCGUGGGCAGAGGCUCCGGAGCCCCAGGAGGGUGUACCAGCCACAGUCUCUGCACAUUUCCAAGAGCAGCAGAAAAUGAACAAAUUGCAGGGGCCAGUGUCAUUCAAAGACGUAGCAGUGGACUUCACCCAGGAGGAGUGGCAGCAACUGGACCCUGAUGAGAAGAUAAUAUACAGGGAUGUGAUGCUGGAGAACUAUAGCCAUCUUGUUUCUGUGGGAUGUGAUAUCACCAAGCCGAAUGUCAUCAUUAAGUUGGAGCAGGGAGAAGAGCCAUGGAUAAUGGAAGAUGAAUUUCCAUGUCAACAUAGUCCAGAAGUCUGGAAAGUUGAUGACCAAAUAGAGAGAGUCCAAGAAAAUGAAGACAAACAUUCAAGCCAAGCUGUUUGUAUCAACAACAAAACCCUGACUGAAGAGAAAGAGAAUACAUUUGGCCAAACCUAUAUGGAAAGAAGCCUUGUUCCUUCAAGCAUGAUAGCUCAUGAUUGUGUCUCAUGUGGAAAGAAUUUAGGAUCUAUUUCAGAAUUAAUUAGUAGUGAUGGAAGCUAUGCCAGGACAAAACCUGAUGAAUGUAAUGAAUGUGAGAAAACAUAUGAAUUUAAUCAAAAUGGGGAUACCUGUUCUCAAAGUGAAGAAAAUAUUCUUCAGAAAAUUAAUAUUUUGGAGAAACCCUUUGAGUAUAAUGAGUGCAUGGAAGCCUUAGACAAUGAAGCUGUUUUUAUUGCUCAUAAGAGAGCUUUCAUAGGGGAGAAGCCCUAUGAAUGGAAUGAUUCUGGACCAGACUUCAUGCAGAUGUCAAAUUUUAGUGCAUAUCAGAGAACACAAAUGGAAAUAAAGCCCUUUGAAUGCAGUCAAUGUGGAAAAUCCUUCUGUAAAAAGUCAAAAUUCAUCAUUCAUCAGAGAGCUCACACAGGAGAGAAACCUUAUGAAUGUAAUGUAUGUGGGAAAUCCUUCAGCCAAAAGGGAACCCUCACUGUACAUCGGAGAUCACACUUAGAGGAGAAGCCCUAUAAAUGUAAUGAAUGUGGGAAAACCUUUUGUCAGAAAUUACACCUUACUCAACACCUAAGAACUCAUUCAGGAGAGAAACCCUAUGAAUGUAGCGAAUGUGGGAAAACCUUCUGCCAAAAGACACAUCUCACCCUACACCAGAGAAAUCAUUCAGGAGAGAGGCCCUAUCCAUGUAAUGAAUGUGGGAAAUCCUUCUCCCGCAAGUCCGCACUCAGUGACCAUCAGAGAACUCACACAGGGGAGAAACUUUAUAAAUGUAAUGAAUGUGGGAAAUCCUACUACCGAAAGUCUACCCUGAUAACACAUCAGAGAACACACACAGGAGAGAAGCCCUAUCAGUGUAGUGAGUGUGGGAAAUUCUUUUCUCGGGUGUCAUACCUCACUAUACAUUAUAGAAGUCAUUUAGAAGAGAAACCCUAUGAAUGUAAUGAAUGUGGCAAAACCUUCAACUUAAAUUCAGCCUUCAUUAGACAUCGGAAAGUACACACAGAAGAGAAAUCCCAUGAAUGUAGUGAAUGUGGAAAGUUCUCUCAGUUGUCGUAUCUCACUGACCAUCAUACAGCUCAUUUGGGAGAGAAAUCCUAUGAAUGUAAUGAAUGUGGGAAAAACUUCCUUGUAAAUUCAGCCUUCGAUGGGCACCAGUCACUUCCAAAAGGGGAGAAAUCCUAUGAAUGUAAUAUAUGUGGAAAGUUAUUCUCUGAGUUGUCAUACUAUACUGAACAUUAUAGAAGUCAUUCUGAAGAGAAACCUUAUGGAUGUAGUGAAUGUGGGAAAACCUUUUCCCAUAAUUCAUCCCUCUUUAGACAUCAAAGAGUACACACAGGUGAGAAACCCUAUGAAUGUUACGAAUGUGGAAAAUUCUUCUCUCAGAAAUCAUAUCUCACUAUACAUCAUCGAAUUCAUUCAGGAGAGAAACCCUAUGAAUGUAGUAAAUGUGGAAAAGUCUUCUCUCGGAUGUCAAACCUCACCGUCCACUACAGAAGCCAUUCAGGAGAGAAACCCUAUGAAUGUAAUGAAUGUGGGAAAGUCUUUUCUCAGAAGUCAUACCUCACUGUACACUAUAGAACUCAUUCAGGAGAGAAACCCUAUGAAUGUAAUGAAUGUGGGAAAAAAUUCCACCACAGAUCAGCCUUCAAUAGCCAUCAGAGAAUUCAUAGAAGAGGAAAUAUGAAUGUACUUGAUGUGGAAAAUCUCUGAAGUUAGAUCUCAAUUUUUAGAAAACUCUGAAUAGGAUGAAUAUGGGAAAUCCAAUAGGAAGUCAAAGAGCUUAUCUGAGAGUUCAUGUUCCUGAAUAGUGAGAAGCAUUUAGGUGUUUGAUUCAUUUUAAUCUGAAUUUUCACAGAGAAGAAUCCCUAAGAAUGUAACAUGAAGCAAAGCCUUCAGCAACAUCAUACGACUCAUUGGACACUAGAUAAUUUAUGCAGGAGUGGAGAUUUAUAAAUAUUUAAUAUUUAUUUUGGAUUCAAAUUGUAUUUAUAUAUCGGAAUCAUACAAAGGCAAAAUCUGUCAGUAUGGUGAAUGUGGAAAAUAUAUUGUCUUGGAAAUUGUUCUGCUGGAAGCCAUAUUUCUGAUGUAAAAUCAGGUGUUUAAGGAAAGAUCCCAGAGACUAUAAGCUCUGAAUAAACCUUCAUUGUAUAAAAUGAAGUUUUAAAAUUAUCAGGAAUUGAUCAUGAGGACAGCAGCAUUAAAUAAGUAUAUGGCCAUUUUUUAAUCAUGUUUUAAAAAUGCAAUCUAAUGGUAAUUCUAUGCAAGUUUGGAUUUGGAUGACUUAUGAAAAGGCAGUUUUCUUAUUUGCGUGCUAGGAUGACAAGGUGUACUGAGACAGGACAUAUUGUUAUUGAGAUAAUAUUUAAUAGUUAUAAAAUGGUAAAGUGCAUAAUUUUCUAUUUAGAGGAAUUUACAAAUGAGUUUUUAACAAAUGCCUCAAUCGUAGAGGGGGCAGUGGUUUUGUAAAGUUUUCAACUGCAUCUGAGCAAGAUAAGAUUUUUUUAAAGCCUAUUUUGAUAAAUUAUACAUACGUAAUUUGGAACUGUUUAAGUCUAUUUCAGUGAAAGAGAACAAACAUACCGCCCAUACUCGAAAAUAUCCCCAGCUCUCACACCACCACCCUUUUUAAUCCAUACGUUUGAAUGUGUCUAGUGCCAAUAUUUUGUAAUUCUGAGAUUUUAUUCAGAAACUUAUUUGAUAUAAAUACAAUAUCAUUGUUUUGUGCAUUCCCCUUAUUCCCAGUAUUUUAGAACAAAUUAAUUCAAGUUUCUAGCAAUUGUUUUUUGGUCAAUUAAUGUCCUCCAUUUCUUGCUGGAAAAGUUUAGGUACCUACCACUUCUUUACAUGAUGUGGGCAAAUCGUGAUUAGUCAAAAUGAUGAUGAUUUCAUUCUCUUUGCCAGUAACUUGUUUUAUAGUGGUCAUAUGACCUGAUACUGGGCAGACAAAACAAAGACGGGUUUGUUCUGGAAAAAGGUAAUAUGGUAAUUAGAUAGGUUGUCUUCCAGAAAUGCAACGGUGGCUUAAUAUUUAAAAAUCAGUUGCUAUUAUACACCACCUGUAGAAAAGUAAUCUGGCAUGCAGAAUAUUCAUGUGUCAAAAUUAAUGUUCAUAUGAUAUUAGCAAAUGAUGGGUAGAAAGGGACUUCCUUAGUUUCAUAAAGAGACAAACUACAACAAACAGUAUGCUUAAUGAUGAUAUAGUGAUUUCUCCCAAGAUUAUGAAAAUAGACAAGGAUAUCCACUGUCACUGAUUUUAUUCAACAUUGUUCAGAAGGACCCCACCAGAAAACUAAUACAAGAAAAACAAAAGGCAUAAAGAUUAAAAAAGAAGUAAAACAGGCUGGGCGCAGUGGCUCACGCCUGUAAUCCCAGCACUUUGGGAGGCUGAUGUGGGCAGAUCAUGAGGUCAGAAGUUCAAGAGCAGCCUGGCUGACAUGGUAAAACCCCAUCUCUACUAAAAAAAAAAAUUAGCUGGGCAUGGUGACGAAUGCCUGUGAUCCCAGCUACUCAAGAGUCUGAGGCAAGAGAAUUGCUUGAACUGGUAGGUGGAGGUUGCAGUGAGCUGAGAUGGUGCCACUGCACUCCAGCCUGGGCUACAGAGUGAGGCUCUACCUCAGAAAAAGAAAAGAGAAGUAAAACUUUAAAAAAGAAAAAGAAUGAAAACCUUAUUUGCAGAUGUGAUGAGUAAAUUUGAUAAGUUCCCUGCAUAAAAGUUAUGCAAAAGGCAUUUUAUAAUACAUGAAAAAACAUGGAAAAUGAAAUUUUGAAAAGCAGUAUCACUUAAAAGUUUCUCAAGUGCCUAGGAGAAAAAAUUAGCUAAUAUGCUUUAAAGGACUGUAUGCGGAAAAGAAAUUUACAAAGGAGAGAGUGGGAUAGGAUUCCAGGACAAUCUCAAAACAAUGUUGCUUUUUCCUAAAUUCAUUGAACCUUAAUGAAAUCCUAGCAAGUUCUUUAAUGUAAAUUAACAAGCUAAUUCUAGAAUUCAUGUGCAUAUUCAAAAGGCCAGUAAUUGUCAAGGCUAUCUUGUAGACCAGACAGAAAGGAUUGAAAUCCCCAAAUAUCAAGACCUGUUACAAAGCCAUAGAAAUUACGAUGGUGUGAUUUUGGCACAAGGAUGAACAAAUUGACCAGUGGAACAGCAUAAAGAUUCAUAAAUAAACCCACAUGUAUACCAUCACCUGACUUGACAAUAGUGACAUCAAAGUGUAGUGGGGGAAAAGGUGUUUUUUUCCAGUAAAUGUGCUUUGCCAAUUACAUUUUGUAAUUUAAUAAAAAGUCGGUUGGAGGUGGACUGCAGAUCUGAAUAUGAAAUGUGAAAUAAAGCUUUACAAAGAGAUCUUAGGACAGUUUGUAACCUUGGAGUAAGUAAAGUCUUAUUGAGGGUCCAAAACUAGCCCAUAAAAUUAUAACUUAAUAUUAAAUUUCAGAACUUCUAUUUACCAGAAAGACCACCAGUAAGAGUGAACAGGAAACCAUGGCGAGAAGAUAGUUGCAGUUCAUGUAUAUGACAACAGAACUGAGUGUAGCAAAAGUGUUGGCAAACUUUUUAGCAAGGCACCAGGUGGUAAAAAAUUUUGGCUUUGUCACAACUGCUCAUCUUUGCUACUGUGUGAAAGCAUCCAUACACAAUGUAUUGAAAAAAAAAAAGUGUGGCUGCUUCCCAGUAAAACUGGGAGGCAUUUAUCUGGUGCUGGGAAUCAUCUGUUUCUGAACCUGGGUGCUAAAUAUCUGAGUGUGUUCUGAGCUGUGCACUUAAGAUAUGUGUAUUCACAAACACAAGUGGCAGUCUGAAUUUGGUCUGCACUUACUGUUUUCUGGUCCCUGAUCUAGAAUAUGUAAAAAGCACCUACAAAUCAACAAGGGGGAAAAUGGAAAAGGCAAAAGAGUAUAGAGGAUGUCCACUCACUUUAAAAGAUAUCCAGAUGGCCAAUAAACAUGAAAAGAUGUGUUAACUUUAUUAGUAAUCAGGGAAGUGCAAAAUUCAAACACCAUGUAGUUCUGCCCAUCCAUGGAAAUGGUUAAAAUGAAAAAGCAUCACGUUUUGGCAAGGAUCUAAACAAGAGGAACUGUCCACUACUGGUGGAAUUGCUAAUUGAUAAAACCAUUUUUGAAAGCUGGCACUUAAAACCAAGCAUGUGUACACCCUUUUACCCAAGCCCAGCAAAAACGCAUGUCUCUCCACCAAAGGACACGCACUAAAAUAUUCAUAGCAUAAAAUGGCACAAGACAACUAUCUUAAGGCACAUGUGCAAUAGGAUGAAUAAACAAGUGGCACAUUUCUGUGGAAUACUGUAAAAAGUGAGCAUGAAUGAACUCUAACCCCAUGCAAUACCAUAGCUGAAUUUGACAAACCUUGCUGAAUGAAAGACUCCAGACAAAAGCUAACACGCUGUCUGAUUCCUUCUAUAUAAAUUAUAAAGCUGGGCAAAACUCAUCUAUGCAGUAGGAAAUUAGGAUAACAGCCUUGGCUAGGGCUGAAGGGAGGCAUUUAUCUGGUGCUGGGAAUCAUCUGUUUCUGAACCUGGGUGCUAAGUAUCUGAGUGUGUUCUGAGCUGUGCACUUAAGAUAUGUGUAUUUUUUUCUGCAUGUGUGUUACAUUUUUCAUAAAAGUUUUCUCAUCACAAAUGGCUAACAUUUGUGUUGUUCAUCCCUCUAAUAUUUUUCUAGAUGUCUAAGAAUAUGCUGCAUAACAAAUUAAAUGGUAGAUUUUGCAUAAUUCUGUGCAGGAAAUACAUAUUUAUAGUAGUUUUAAUGGCAACUACUAAGAUUUCCUGCGCUGACCUUAAAGCUUAGCAGAAUGUAUAUUUUAAGUGAAAUAUUUGAAAAGGUUAAAGAGUCAUUACAUACUUUGUCAUCUUACACUCUUACAUAUAUAAAUGGGUCUGAACUGCCUCUUCAAUAAAGAAGCCAAUGUGUAACAUUUCAUAUUUCCCUAAA